AUGCGUGACCAACGUCGAGUUGCCAAUUUCGAGCGCGUCGAAACGCUCGCCGCGUUUCGCGCCUGGUUCACCGGAUGCGGCCAAUCGUUGGGGAUCGUCGGCGCCGCGCAAUCCGGCAAAACGUUUCUCGCGCGUCAGCUCGCCGAGCUGCCCGAAUGCGUCGCCGCGCAUUUUUGCCGCUGCAACGAGCCGCAAACGUCCGAAUCAGCGACGUUCAUCCAAUCGAUCGGCGAGCAGCUCAGUCGUCGAUUCCCCAAUCUUGUGCUUCCGCGCUUAUCGACAACCACAUUUCUCGCCGAGCCGCGCGUCGCCAUCGAGCACUACCUUCAAAUGCCGCUCGACGCGAUGCCGAUCCCGUCGAAGCCGGUAUUCAUCGUAUUGGACAACAUGAUGAACAACGAGCUAUUGGAAAUGCUUCGGACAAUUCUCCCAAGAUGGAUUCGAUUAGUAUGGACGUCAAGAAAAGUGGAUUAUAAGGACGUUCACAUUCUUCGAAUCGAUUUGAUCGAUCUCGAGCGCUUUAUUAAAGUUCGAUUACCUCAUUGUAGUUUCGCCGACAUCUUAAAAUCAUCUCAGGGUUCCUGGCUUUAUGUUGAUCUACUCUCACGGGCAAUAGACUUCAAUAUUCUAUUCAAUAUUCCAAAAUCCAUUACCGAUCUGCUAGCCGAUGUCGUCUCGAAUCUUCCCAAAUCGUUCACCGAUGUUCUCAAGCUGGUCAAGGCAAGUCGCAAUUCGCCGACACGCCAACAACUCCUCGCCGUUGCUCAAAUGCUUGUCCACGAGGAAGUGUCGAUAUUGGAAGUCGAAUUGAAUCUGAUCCACGAUGUCGUUUGCGACGAGGAGCCGUCGAAAUUCGAAAUCCCUUUCGCGUGGCUCGAGCUCAUUGACGAUUUGAAUCUUGCCCGAUAUCAUUCCGCGUGGGCCGAGCAUUUCAAAACGAAACGCAAGAAGACAGCGCAAGACAUCAUCGAACUGGCUUAUCAUUUAGCGCAUUCUGACGUGCCCAGUACGAAUGCCGUCAAAACACUGCAAAGUAUCGGCGCUUCGCAACUUCUACUCAAGUGCUCUGUCAUUGACGUGCUCACCACCAAGCUUCUCACACUGGCCGGCGCCAAAUAUCAGGAUCAUGUGAACGAUGUGGUGUUCGCGUGCUCGACGGGCAACAUCGACGAGCUGAAGGCGAUGAUCGGCGAGGCGCGACCGAGCAGCGCGGAGAUCUGCAUGGGCCUUCUUAUCGCCUCGGCGCGCGGCAAUCUCGCGAUGUGUCGAUUCAUCGUCGACGCGUUUCCGCACGUCGCCAUUUCGUCGUGUUGCGGCGAGUGGAACGCGCUCCGAAGCGCCGCGUGCAACGGCCAACUCGGCGUUCUCGAGUUGCUCCUCUCGAAAGGCGUUCACGUCGAUGAGUGCGGCAACAGCGAUCGAACGGCGUUGCGCGCCGCCGCGUGGGCCGGACAAUUGGCCGCCGUUCAAUUAUUGCUUCAAGCCGGCGCCGAUGUCGAUCGACGGGAUUCGGAGAAUCGCACCGCGCUAAUGGCCGCCGCGUUCAUGGACCAUAAGCCCGUCGUGCAGGUCAUUCUUCAAUACGGCGCUGACAUCAAUGCCGUUGAUAAAUCGGGAGCCACCGCGUUUCAUUUGAAUCUUUCCAAUGGUUCGAAGGGACCACAACACCAAGAGACCACUCAGCUUCUUCUCGAACACGGUGCACUUUGCACAAUCGAAGACGGCAACGGUAGAGUUGUUCUCCAUCUGGCCGCUUAUCAUGGCGACGCGUCGCUUCCCGAAAUUCUGAAGCAGUCGACGUCGGUUGAUGUUCAGGACUCGAUGGGACAAACACCGUUGAUACUUGCCGCCAGUCAAGGCCAAUUGGAAUCGGUACGAUUGCUCGUCGAGUCCAAUGCCGACGUCGAUUGCAUCGAUCACAACGGCCGAACCGCACUUCAAUGGGCGGCGAUCAACGGCCACACCGACACGGUGCGCUAUUUGUGCGGCGUCGGCUCCGACGAGCUCCACAAAGACAACGACGGCGCAAUCUCGCUGCAUUACGCGGUCGCUCAUGAUAACGUCGACCUCGUUCGCAUAUUGAUCAAUGAGCAGACGAUCAACGCCGCCGAUCGAUAUGGUCAACAUCCGCUGAUUGUGGCGUGCGGCCACGGCAACGUCAACGUGAUUCGAGAGUUGUUGGCGAACGGCGCGCCGCGCAAUCUCGCCGCCCACGACGGACGAACACCGCUGACGGUGGCCGCGUUGGCGGGCCACACCGAAAUCAUCGAGCUGCUCGCGCCGGGCAUUUGCGAUUGGAAUCAGUUGGAUCAAGACGGCACACCGCUCGUGCACACGUUGAUCGUUUCCAAGCUGAUCUACACCGCCGAGAUUUUGCUCAAAUCGGGCGCCUCGCCAACGGCGAAAGACGCGCAUGGAAGAACGUGCGCGCAUGUGGUGGCGUCGACGAACGAUCUGAACGCGGCCGCAAUGCUGCGAACACUCGGCGCCUCGUUCGAAGUCACCGACGCCGCUGGCCGAACGCCGUUGAUGACAGCCGUCUGGGCGAAACAUUAUCAAAUUGUGUUCUAUUUGCUGGAGACGUGCGGCGUUGAGCCGAAUCGUGUCGAUCAUCAGGGUGCGUCGGCACUAUCGAUUGCCGCCCAAAUCGGCGAUCGCGAUCUCGUCACACUUCUGCUGAAGUUCGGCGCCGACGCGACAAUUCGCGAUUCGAUGGCGCGCACGCCAAUCGACGUCGCGCGUCUCUCCGGCCACGAAUCGAUAGCAGCACUUCUGAAGGCCGCCAACGGCUCGUCGGAUUCGUCAGGCAUUGGCAGCAGUGUGCCGAACAGCCCGCUAGACGGCGGCGGCAAGUCGCGAUGCCGCCGCGCGACGCAAUCGCUUCGCGCCAGAAUCUUGAACACCUAG